UUGUAAACACCACUCCUGCUUCAGUGAGAGCCUCUUCAGUGUCAGCUAACAAGAUGUGCCAGCAGCUAAUAUUUCACCCGAGAAAAGCUUUUACUCGUCGCCACAAAAGUUAUUGCUGAUAAUAAUCCCGGAGGCUAUCAUAUGGUGUUCUAAAUUAUUUUAGGAGGGCCUUUAAAGGACCGCGUCCAGCUGCUGCCUUAGCUCUGGAGCUAACUCUCAGAAGAGUUCACUCCGCUUUUUUACCGCUACACCUGGAAAGCCAAAGCCCGUCCUGAUGGUGCUGUCCCUGGUAAGCCUCUGUGCCAAGGAGGUGGUGAGCGACCACAGCUCGUCGCCCGGCUGGCUCAGGUGGGUGCCCAGGGAGCUGUACCGACCGCUGCUGGAAGCCGCCUUCUCCAGCUGCAGACCGCUGACUGUGGGCGAGCUGGUGCAGCGGUGGCCCGAGCGCACGCUGCGCAUCGGGGGACGCAGGAGGCAGGGACAGACUGCACCCAACCGACUCUGCAUCCAGGCUCUGCUGCUCGCUGUGGUCAGGGGACUGUCCGAUCAGCGGUGCUCUCUGCAUCUACUGGACCUCUCUGGUCUUCAAGGAGAUGAGGGAGGGAUGGGUGACCCGAUGGGGGGCUGGUCCCUGACUGUGGCCCUCUGCACCAUGGUGGUUCAGGCCAGAGCUGGAGCACGGAGGACACAACGGAAAGAAGGAGACCGAGAGAGAAAACGCUUCUCCGCCCUUGAAAGAGAAACGGAUAUUAAAAGAGAAAGGGGGCAGAGGAAGAGAGGCAUGGACCUAAGCAGUGAUGAUGGAGAGAUGGUUGAAUGUUCUGCCCCUACGAGUGAAGAAGACCUGAUUAAAGGAGUUCGGAGGAGAAUGGAGAUAGUCCGUAAAAAAGAGACAGUAGUGACAGCUUUGGGAGGCAGUAAAAAAGAAAGUGAAGGCCAGGAGCCAGAAACUGACGUUCUCGUGCAUGUGAGAGCUGAUCUGUUUGUCAAUGCCCGAUCCUGGGAGCGUGUUCGUGUGGCUCUGAGCACAGCGGGACCUCUGAAGCUUCAGUGCAGGUACCUGCGCGUGGAGGAGAUUUCUGUGUCCAGCAUCAGGACGCUGCUGGACCUGCUGCCUCCCAGGGGUCUCCUGGGCAUUGACAUUCGCUACAGUAGCCUCGGGGUGGCCGGUUUGGCUGAGCUGCUGCCUCAGCUCUCCACCUUCCCUGCCCUGAACUCCCUUCGCCUGCACUACUGUAACCUGGACUUCCGCAGAGACCACCUUGGCCAGGAGCAGGCACUGAGGGACCUCUCGCAGGGCCUCAGACACCUGCAGGAGCUGCGGCAGCUCAGCCUGACGGCACUGCGUCUGCCCGGCCAGCUGCGAGUGCUGCUCAGCUCAUUGCCUCAGCCUCUAGAGAUAUUGGAGCUGCCUUACUUGAGCCUGAGUCCAGUCGACCUUGCGUACCUCUCCACCAGCCACCAUGCCUCCACGCUGCAGCAGCUGGAUCUGAGUGAAAACCGCUUGGACGAAAGCAUUCCCUCCAUCCGCCGCCUCCUCUCCGAGGCCUCCGGCAGCCUGCAGCACCUCUCUUUAAGCGGCUGUGGCCUGACUGACGGCCUGCUGGGACUCCUGCUGCCCUCGCUGGGAGGCUGCUGGGCCCUCAAGAGCCUGGCUCUGGCCCUGAACCCGCUCUCCAUGACCGGUCUCGUGGACCUGGUGAAGACGGCCGUGAGAAUGCCGUCCUUGCGUCAGCUGCUGUAUCCUAACCCCCUGGAAGACUACCAGCCGGGCCUUCCCGACCUGCCCUCCAGCGCUCAGCUGUUGGACUGGCCUCUGGAUGACAGCACGGACAUCAGCCUGACCAGCAGUCAGCUUAAAAGGGUGUUGGCGGACGGCGGGAGGUCUGACCUCUUCCUGACCUGCGACCUGCUCAAUUAUGACAAAGACUUAGUGGACUAAACAGACAUCAGAGGAAAAACAAAGGUGCUUUUCAACUCAGUCACCAACAUAACACUUCCUGACAAUCAAUGUAUUCUUUUUGAUUGGGUGUAAUAUUACUUUACUUUGUACCAUUAAUUUCUUCAUCAUUUUCUGACAUGUUUCAUUCAUUCAUUUUUGUUACCUAAAAACAAGUUAAUCUGAGAGACAACCACCAAAGUACUGUAAGGAUGUCGCUUGUGUCUGUUGUAAAUAGCUGUAAAAAUGUCAAAGUUGGAAGUGAGGAGGAUCACCAAGCAAGGAAGCCAUGAGGAUUGAACUGCUUUUCCUCUCAGGUGGGGAGAGAAGUUGGGAUAGUCAUGAAGAAGUGCACCUGUGUCUCACUGGAGUAACUGCUGGUUUUAUCUGUAAAAAUACUCAUACUUUUAGUUAUUAUUUAUGUAAACUUUCUGUCUACAAGUUGUUCAUUCAGACUCAUCAGAUCAGAUUUUAAAUCUGCAUCACUGAUUUGCAUGUUUCCUUCAAAAUAAAAGAAUGUAACUGAACCGUUUUUAACUUUC